GCUGGUUUUACAAUAGUACCGUGUUAAUUUUAUAUGCUGAACCAUGGAUAUUUUGUGCAAAAAAGUGUUCACUUUAUUUGUGUGUGCUGUGGCAUUAACUUACGCUCAACAAUGCAGCAACAACGUGACGUGCCUGCACCUGGAUCAGUGUCCCGGCUUGUUCACAGAACUGCAACAACAUCCAAUUAACAACACUCUAUUUAAUUUGACCAUACAAUUGCACUGUGGGUGGAAUGGAACGACGCCGAAGAUUUGUUGUCCGCAAGAGUUUUUGUACAACAAUGAAACGUCAAUCCACGGUGGCGACGUCGGGGUCAGAUCUCCCGCAGACCUCCUCCCGGACAUCAGGACCUGCGGCAUCACGGAAAUCGGCGGUUUUUACGUCAGCCUCACCGAAAUCGACGAGCACCCGUGGAUAGCAUUGCUCCAAUACGAAAAACUGGUGGGGAGCGGCUUCCACUGCGGCGGAGUGCUGAUCUCGUCCAGAUACGUGCUGACCGCGGCCCAUUGCGUCAAGGGGUCAGACCUUCCGGAGUCUUGGAAACUUUCGCAUGUCCGGCUCGGUGAAUGGAACACAACCAGUGACAUCGACUGCGCGUGGGGCGACGACUGCGCGCCGCGCCCGCUCGACGUGCCGGUGGAGGAGAUCAUAGCGCACGAACAGUACGUGCCUACUGACGACCACCAAAACGACAUCGCGCUGCUGAGGCUGGCCUACGACGUGCCUUUCAAUGAUUUUGUGAAGCCGAUAUGUCUUCCUUUAGCCGCAUCUCUGAGACGGCGGACAUUCGAGGGCACAGACAUGGAGGUGGCGGGAUGGGGUAAGACGGUAACAAAGUCAUCGUCAGACAUGAAAUUGAAGGACGUGGUGUCAGGCGUCAGUAUAAGCGAUUGUCAGGCAGUGUACCGGAGGGCCGGACGUAACAUAUCAGAGAACCAGAUGUGUGCGUGGGGCCCGAUGAGACAAAGUUCCUGCACGGGAGACUCUGGGGGGUCUCUGAUGGGGCGGGACGAUUUCAUGAACUGGAUGGCCAUCGGCGUGUUCUCUUACGGACCCACGCCUUGUGCGACCCCUGGGUGGCCCGGGGUGUAUACUAGGGUCACUGCUUACGUGGACUGGAUACUUUCUAAGCUGAGGCCUUAAUUUUGAACUAUAUGUUAGCUAUCGGCUAGCAAUUGUUAAUAGUAGUUAUGUAUUUCAAUAGCAAUAAGCAAUUAAUGUUUACCUAUUUUAAUUAAAUGAAUGUAAUGAGCAUCAUUGAACAAUGACUUCCGCCAAUGUGGCGACUGAAUGUAAUGAACACGGUUGAACAAUAACUUCCACCAAUAUGGCGGCAGACGCCAUAUUGGCAGUUACACAGAGUCUGGCUAUAAAAGUAUGGCGGCAUUCUUUGUUCAACUGUCUUAGCGAGAACAACUAUCAAGUUAUAUGGGUAUGUAUUGCAAUAUUGUUACAACUUAAUAAUCGAUUUAUUAAAUUUAUAUUAUAGUAUGUAAAGAAAUAAAGAAAUUAUAGUGUGUAUAUUA